AGUGGUUCCAAAACUUUUGCCCGUGUUCGCUCUGUAUCGAUUGAACUUGUGGAUUACUUUGCUUCGGAUAUUUCAUUGUUAUCGGAUGUGGUGUGUAACUGGCCAUUCUGUAAGAAUGUGAGAAAUACACCAUCGAAUCAUUUCUUCAUGGACUAUUUUCAAAGAUUUUGCUCAACAAAUUCCCCUCGUCAUUCAUUUACUUUGAAGGCCUCAUGAGAGGGGAACUUUAUAUACUUUUAAUCCUACCUCCAAUGAUCGCGUGCUUGAAGAUCAGUAGCUUCGAGGUCCCUUCAUUGCUGGUGCCCGGAGACUCGGCCUACUUGACCUGCUUGUUCGACUUGGGAGGAGAGAAGCUGUACUCUGUGAAGUGGUUCAAAGACGACCAGGAAUUCUACAGAUUCUUUCCGUCACUCAACCCCCAAUACAUGGCGUUUCGGGCGCCUGGAAUACAUGUCGACUUAUCAAAAUCUGGUCGAAGUACCGUUUAUUUGACAAAUGUGACUCUGGAGACUGAAGGCCGCUUUACUUGCCAAGUUUCUGCAGAUGAACCUUUCUUCGGAUGUGUUCAAGUGCACAGAAACAUAUCUGUUUAUAUACCUCCAGAAGAAUCACCUGAAAUCACUGGAGAAUUCACCGAUUACGGAGAAAAUCUUACUCUUCGCUGCUUAUCUGCAAGAUCAAAACCAGCUGCUAAUCUCAGCUGGUACAUCAAUGACGUCAUGAUGGUACCAGAGGGUGCAGUCUUAUCUCAUGAGAUUGUACGUCACCACGACAAGCUGGAAUCUUCUUCAGCCAAACUAUGGUACCAGAGGGUGCAGUCUUAUCUCAUGAGAUUGUUCGUCACCACGACAAGCUGGAAUCUUCUUCAGCCAAACUGUUUAAAUGCAAAUCAAAUGGUACCAGAGGGUGCAGUCUUAUCUCAUGAGAUUGUUCGUCACCACGACAAGCUGGAAUCUUCUUCAGCCAAACUGGAUAUCCCUAUGGAUUCGAGCUCUCUUCCUGAAGGUGUGCUUCGCCUUGCUUGUGAGGCCUCCAUUUCCAAUUUUGUAACAUCCAUAUCGAAAGAGCUGCUCAUCUCCAGAGAACACAAUGACCAACCACCACAACACCACAUCGACCCGCAGGAGGAAGUAAAUAGCCAGGCUGACCUUCGAGCACUGGGCUUCCUUCUUGUUGUGACGAUGAUCUUGUGGAUUGAACUAGCUGGCUCAGGUUGA